AAGAAGCUGGCGGCCGAGCCGGACCACACCGACGUGAGCUUGACGGCGGCGGAGCGCGUGCGGGCCCUCGGCAAGAUGGGCUGCAGCGUGGAGAUCAACGAGGAGAUCACGCCACACCGCUACUUCCGCUCCGGCGUCGAGAUGGAGCGUAUGGCCGCCGUGUACCUGGAGGAGGGCAGCCUGGAGAACGCCUACGUCCUCUACAACAAGUUCAUCACGUGAGGAGAGAGCGUACCCACUGGGCACACACGGGUUGAAUCAACGUUGUUUCCACGUCAUUUCAAUGAAAUUGCAUUGAACCAACGUGGAAUAGACGUUGAAUUGACAACUGUGGCAGACUAGACUAGGGCCAGUGAUAGAGUAAUAUUAACAUUCCUUUGGGCUAUGUCCAAUGUACUAAUGGCAGGUCAAGUACUUGACUGAUGAUUCAUAGAAAUAAAAAUGUAUUUGUCACAUGCGCCGAAUACAACCGGUGUAGACUUUACUGUGAAAUGCUUACUUAUGAGCCCUUUCCCAACGAUGCAGAGUAUUAUAUAAAAAAUAAUAAUAACGGUAACACAAAAGGAAUGAAAUACACAAGGAUGAAGCUAAAUACAGGCUGUAUCAGUACCAUAUCACUGCGGGGGUACGAGGUCAUUGUGGAAGAUAUGUAGAUAGUAGGCAGGGGUAAAGUGACUAGGCUACAGGAGGAGGUGGAGUCUUCAUAAACUAUAAUCUGUCUUACCACCUCUCUGUUGUGUCAGUCUGUUUGUAGAGAAACUCCCCAGCCAUCCAGACUACCGGGAGUGCAGCGUACCAGAGAAGCAGGUGAUAAUGAAGGUAAACCCUUGGCAUGCUGUGUUGGGGGACCCCCGUGGUGCUCAGCCCUGCAGAGAGCUCAUUGAAGUGGAGAGAGGGGUGGAGGGAUAGAGAGAGGGGUGGAGGGAUAGAGAGAGGGGUGGAGGGAAAGAGAGAGGGGUGGUACGAGGGCCCUGUCUGUCUGCCUGAGUGGUAGGCUACUUAGUGGGUGGAUUCAGGUCUGCUUUGAUUUAAGUGAGGUAUGUUUACAGUAAGAGAUAGCAAGGUCAGCUCAGGGACAGCACCAGUCUAGAAAAGGUUGUAGAUUACCUUCUGGUGACGGACAAUAGAAGCGACACUAAAAUCUAUUAAGAGCUUUGAAAUGGUAGAUGAAUGUCUUAAAGUAGUGAUUCAGCCCUCUCGGACUUACCGUUUAAGCUGCAAAUUACCACUGCUAACGAAAGGAAGUGUUUCCCUGCCUGCACUCACACAGAUGUCCUUGUCCCGUUAUCUGUUGGAUCUUAUUCUCAGAAAUUGCAAGAUGUCGCAUUUCCGCGGAAAGAUCAGUUGAAGAAGCUCCUCCAUGAGAAGUUCAACAAGGAACAUGCAGAGUAUCUUAUGAGUCAGGUAAGGUUUAACACCCAAACCUUUCAUUACAUUCAGACAGAUUAUUUAGGAGGCUGGCUGGAAGCCCUAUUUGUGCUAGUGUGCAGCACCUGUUCAUAUUAGUUGGAUACAGUGUGGUAUUUGGAUCACUUUUUGACGAAUGGGAAUACUUCCAUGCAGCACGUUGUAGUUUAUGGUAAGUAGUGAUGAGAAGUGUUUCGGAGUAAGAUCAUGUAUAUCAACAAAUGGGACUAACAUUGAAAUGGCACAGAUCUGUGUGCACAUGCGUGUUCAUGCGUGCACUCGUGUGUGUGUGUGUGUGUGUGUGUGUGUGUGUGUGUGCGCGCAGAGCCAGGCGGUGGUGGCUGAUGGCUGCAGCCAGCAGCUGCAGAGGACGUCUCUAGUAGAGCAGGAGAAGCAGAGGGUGGAGCAGCUGCGCAGGAUGCAGAUCGAGUCGGAGCAGUUCCGCUACUUCGAGGACCAACUGCGCAGGCAGGAGCUGGCCAAUCGCAGAGACGAGGUGGUCGCUAAAGUGCCUGAACAAACGGACGGGUCCUGUCUGUCCCACUCCUCCAAGAACUAUGUUAGUCUCGACCCAAACCGCAAUCAACCUCCUCUCUCCGGCAGCAAGCCAGCAGCUACACUGGCUGGCGUACAUAGUGAGUGUCCUGUUUCCAUUAGAAUUUAACAUCUAGGUUCUAUAUUUUAGAUUGAAUGAUUGUUACUCAAACAAUCCAUUAGUUAGGUAAUAUGGGGAAGUCAAUAAUGAGUUACAUUAAUAGUUACUGUGUAUAUUUAAGCUGGCUAGUAUAUUAACUGUUGAUGUAUUUGUAGUCUGUAUAUGUGCUGCAUGAGUCACGCUGUUUGACAUCCUGUUAUUGUGUGUGUGCACAUCUGUACAGCUCAACGGGUUGAGGGCCUGAGGCGGGUCGUCAUUCCUAGAGACCUGACCUACAAGUUCUUGCUGCUAGCCGACAGCAACACAGCCAGGGGUAUAGAGACGUGUGGGGUCCUCUGUGGAAAACUGGUAAGACAUGCUCAAAUCUACUGUAUGCAAACAUUUAUCCAUUUUAUUUAUAGACAAACUGCCAGUUUAUUGGGGAAAGUGAAACAUCCCAGCUUACUGAUUACUGUGUCUAAGCGUACAACAGGAGUCACCAUUUGUACUCGUGCCAUCUGCAAACAAUAGUUCUGUGAAGGAGGAGAGAGGGAGGUUGCCAAUGUAAGGUGUUCAAAGUUCAAGACUAGUAUUUGAAGUCGAUUGUACUUCCUACAUUAUUUGCUUCAGAUUGCUGUGUGUAGGUGGGUGUGCCAAAUCCUGCAAAAUAGCAAUAACAGUACUUCAGUGCCACCAGACUUAUGAGCAGUUAUUAGCAACUGUUGUGCAUUGUAAUGAAUUAGCUCAUACGCUGUUAUAAACACACUUCUAAUGCCGUAUGAAGGUAUUCAUAGGAAGUGUUACCUUUCGUCUCUUCCAGACUCAAAAUGAGUUCCUGCUGACCCAUUUGGUGGUUCCCAAGCAGUCAGCCGGCCCAGACUACUGUGAUAUGGAGAACGUAGAGGAGCUCUUCAGUUUCCAGGAUCACCACAAUCUGCUGACUCUGGGCUGGAUCCAUGUGAGUGUACAUUACACACACCCAUGCACACACAAACGCCUACACACAAAUUAAGGUAAUGCGCUGUCCAUUCAGCCUGAAAGCAACCAUUCAAUCAAUCACAUUUAUUUAUAGAGGCCUUUUUACAACAGCAGUUGUCACAAAGUGCUUAUACAGAAACCGAACCUAAAACACCAGAGCGCAAGCAAUACAGAUGUAGAGGCACACUGGCUAGGAAAAACUCAUUAGAAAGGCAGGAACCUAGGAAGAAACCUAGAGAGGAACCAGGCUUUGAGGGGUGGCCAGUCCUCUUCUGUCUGUGCCGGGUGGAGAUUAGCAGAGGCUGAUCUUUUAUUUGGAUAAUAUCACCAUAGAAACCAGGCCCUCUGGUUCAGAUGUCACAGUUAUUCAUAGCCCUGCCAGUCACCUUCAGAGAAUGCACUAGAUUCUGUACCUCUUUAAUGUAAACCUUGGUUUUAUGGUUUGCAUCCCCUAACAUGGGAGUUGUACAGGGGAGGGACACAGUGAAAUGUACAAAUGUAGGAUCUUAAUUUGAGGCAGUUUGCUACAGCAGGAAAAUAAUCCUGCAACAACCGGAAAUGUGAAUAAUUAUGUGGAUAAUAAUUAAUGAAAAUGUUUGCAGGGUUGAUACAUUUUUCGUUAUGGCAAAUUAAGUAGAAAUUACAAACUUUAGAAGUCUUUUUAAAACUCAAAUACACUACAAGUUUGCAUUUCCUGCUGUGCAGCAACAAGAGUGAUCAAAUUAAGAUCCUACAUCUGUAGUUCCACCGAUUUAUGGGAAAUAAACCUAUUCUGUAAAUAUCAAAUAUAAUUCACCUAACAGAAAAUGACAUUUUUUCCAUUAUCUCCUCUGCCUGUUGCUCUCCUCUCCUCUGCCCUUAGACCCACCCCACCCAGACGGCCUUCCUGUCCAGUGUAGACCUGCAUACACACGGCUCCUACCAGCUCAUGCUGCCUGAAGCCAUCGCCAUCGUCUGCUCGCCCAAACACAACGAGUGAGUCUCUGUCCCUGUCCGCUAGAAUGAGUAGGCCUACUGAUGCUAACGCCAAAGAAAACCAAUCCACUAAGAUAUGCAAUGUGGGCGGUAUUGACUCAAUGGCGCCGGAGAAGAUGGCUGCCGUUUUACAGCCCUCUAACCAAUUGUACUAUUAUGUGUGUUUUUUCACGUUAUUUGUAAUUUAUUCUGUACAUAAUGUUUCUGCCAUCGUCUCUUACAACCAAAAAGAGCUUCUGAAUAUCAGAACAGCGAUUACUCACCUCGUAUUGGACGAAGAUUUGUUCUUCAAAGAGUCGGACGCAAAGGAUAUCCUACAGACACCCGACAAGGCCCAAAUCCCCGUCAUUCGCAGGAGAAAGAGACGGAGAUAUCGUGGACGUAGGUCGGGGUGCCUCGUAAGGAUCCGACGGCGAGCGAGUAAACUGCCUCUUCCAUCAAUCUUCAAUCAUUGGAAAAUAAAUUAGAUGACCUAAGAGUACGGUUAUCCUACCAACGGGACAUUAAAAACUGUAAUAUCUUAUGUUUCACCGCGUUGUGGCUGAACGACGACAUGGACAACAUACAGCUAGCGGGCUAUACGCUACAUUGGCAGGAUAGAACGGCUGACUCCGGUAAGACAAGGGGUGGCGGUCUAUGUAUAUUUGUAAACAACAGCUGGUGUACAAAAUCAAAUACUAAGGAAGUCUCGAGGUUUUGCUCGCCUGAGAUAGAGUAUCUUAUGAUAAGCUGUAGACCACACUAUUUACCAAGAGAGUUUUCAUUUAUAUUUUUCAUAGCUGUCUAUUUACCACCACAAACCAAUGCUGGCAUUAAGAUUGCACUCAAUGAGCUGUAUAAGGCCAUAACUAAACAGGAAAACGCUCAUCCAGAGGCAGCACUCCUAGUGGCCGGGGACUUUAAUGCAGGGAAACUCAAAUCUGUUCUACCUAAUUUCUACCUGCGUGUUAAAUGUGCAACCAGAGGAAGAAAAAAAAACUCUAGACCACCUUUACUCCACACACAGAGACGCAUACAAAGCUCUCCCUCGCCCUCCAUUUGGCAAAUCUGACCAUAACUCUAUCCUCCUGAUUCCUGCUUAUAAGCAAAAACUAAAGCAGGAAGCACCAGUGACUCGGUUAAUAAAAAAGUGGUCAGAUGACGCAGAUGCUAUGCUACAGGACUGUUUUGCUAGCACAGACUGGAACAUGUUCCGGGAUUCUUCAGAUAGCAUUGAGGAGUACACCACGUCACUGGCUUCAUCAAUAAGUGCAUCGAUGACGUCGUCCCCACAGUGACCGUACGUACAUACGCCAACCAGAAGCCAUGGAUUACAGGCAACAUCCGCACUGAGCUAAAGGGUAGAGCUGUCGCUUUCAAGGAGCGGGACUCUAACCCGGAUGCUUAUAAGAAAUCCCGCUAUGCCCUCCGACGAACCAUUAAACAGGCAAAGAGUCAAUACAGGACUAAGAUUGAAUCGUACUACACCUGCUCUGACGCUCGUUGGAUGUGGCAGGGCUUGAAAACUAUUACAGACUACAAAGGGAAGCACAGCUGCGAGCUGCCCAGUGACACAAGCCUACCAGAUGAGCUAAACCACUUCUAUGCUCGCUUCGAGGCAAGCAACACUGAAGCAUGCAUGAGAGCACCAGCUGUUCCGGAUGACUGUGAUCACGCUCUCCGUAGCCGAUGUGAGUAAGGCUUUUAAGCAGGUCAACAUUCACAAGGCCGCAGGGCCAGACGGAUUACCAGGACGUGUAUUCCGAGCAUGUGCUGACCAACUGGCAAGUGUCUUCACCGACAUUUUCAACAUGUCCCUGACUGAGUCUGUAAUACCAACAUGUUUCAAGCAGACCACCAUAGUCCCCGUGCCCAAGGACACUAAGAUAACCUGCCUAAAUGAUUACCGACCCGUAGCACUGACGUCUGUAGCCAUGAAGUGCUUUGAAAGGCUGGUCAUGGCUCACAUCAACAGCAUUAUCCCAGAAACCCUAGACCCACUCCAAUGUGCAUACUGCCCCAACAGAUCCAGAGAUUAUGCAAUCUCUAUUGCACUCCACACUGCCCUUUCCCACCUGGACAAGAGGAACACCUACGUGAGAAUGAUAUUCAUUGACUACAGCUCAGAGUUCAAUACCAUAGUGCCCUCAAAGCUCAUCACUAAGUUAAGGAUCCUGGGACUAAACACCUCCCUCUGCAACUGGAUCCUGGACUUCCUGACGGGCCGCCCCCAGGUGGUAAGGGUAGGUAACAACACAUCUGCCACGCUGAUCCUCAACACGGGGGCCCCUCAGGGGUGCGUGCUCAGUCCCCUCCUGUACUCCCUGUUCACCCAUGACUGCAUGGCCAGGCACGACUCCAAUACCAUCAUUAAGUUUGCCGACGACACAACAGUGGUAGGCCUGAUCACCGACAAUGAUGAGACAGCCUAUAGGGAGGAGGUCAGAGACCUGGCCGUGUGGUGCCAGGAUAACAACCUCUCCCUCAACGUGACAAAGACAAAGGAGAUGAUUGUGGACUACAGGAGAAAAAAAAAGAGGACUGAGCACGCCCCCAUUCUCAUCGACAGGGCUGUAGUGGAACAGAUUGAGAGCUUCAAGUUCCUUGGUGUCCACAUCACCAACAAACUAUCAUGGACCAAACACACCAAGACAGUCGUGAAGAGGACACAACAAAGCCGAUUUAGCAUGGGUCCUCAGAUCCUCAAAGUUCUACAGCUGCACCAUCGAGAGCAUCCUGACUGGUUGCAUCACCGCCUGGUAUGGCAACUGCUCGGCAUCUGACCGCAAGGCACUACAGAGGGUAGUGCGUACGGCCCAGUACAUCACUGGGGCCAAGCUUCCUGCCAUCCAGGACCUCUAUAGCAGGCGGUGUCAGAGGAAGGCCCUCAAAAUUGUCAUAGACUGUUCUCUCUGCUACCACACGGCAAGCGGUACCGGAGCGCCAAGUCUAGGUCCAAAAGGCUUCUCAACAGCUUCUACCCCCAAGCCAUAAGACUUCUGAAUAGCUAAUCAUGGCUACCCUGACUAUUUGCACUGCACCCCCACCCCAUCUUUCUACGCUGCUGCUACUCUGUUAAUUAUUUAUGCAUAGUCACUUUAACUCUACCCACAUGUACAUAUUACCUCAACUAGCCGGUGCCCCCGCACAUUGACUCUGCACUGGUACCCCUCUGUAUAUAGCCUCCCUAAUGUUAUUUUAUUUUACUUCUGCUCUUUUUUUCUCAACACUUUUUUGUUUUAUUUUACUUUUUUAUUAAUAAAUAAAUGCAUAGUUGGUUAAGGGCUGUAAGUAAGCAUUUCAUGGUAAUGUCUACACCUGUUGAAUUUGGCGCAUGUGGCAAAUAAAAUUUGAUUUGAUCAAAUCGUUUAUUCAGUAGGGAGCAAUGUUAUAGGGAGUUAGAAAUGCGUGAUGUAGAACCGACAUGAUGAUUCUCUGUGACAUGGAAUAAUGAGUCGUGUCAGUUCUACAGUCGUGGUCAAAAGUUUUGAGAAUGACACAAGUAUUGGUCUUCACAAAGUUUGCUGCUUCAGUGUUUUUAGAUAUUUUUGUCAGAUGUUACUAUGGUAUACUGAAGUAUAAUUACAAGCAUUCCAUAAGUGUCAAAGGCUUUUAUUGACAAUUACAUUAAGUCUAUGCAAAGAGUCAAUAUUUGCAGUGUUGACCCUUCUUUUUCAAGACCUCUGCAAUCCGCCCUGGCAUGCUGUCAAUUAAUUUCUGGGCCACAUCCUGACUGAUGGCAGCCCAUUCUUGCAUAAGUUUGUCAGAAUUUGUUGGUUUUUGUUUGUCCACCCGCCUCUUGAGGAUUGACCACAAGUUCUCAAUGGGAUUAAGGUCUGGGGAGUUUCCUGGCCAUGGACCCAAAAUGUUGAUGUUUUGUUCCCUGAGCGACUUAGUUAUCACUUUUGUCUUAUGGCAAGGUGCUCCAUCAUGCUGGAAAAGGCAUUGUUCGUCACCAAACUGUUCUUGGAUGGUUGGGAGAAGUUGCUCUCGGAGGAUGUGUUGGUACCAUUCUUUAUUCAUGGUUGUGUUCUUAGGCAAAAUUGUGAGUGAGCCCACUCCCUUGGCUGAGAAGUAACCCCACACAUGAAUGGUCUCAGGAUGCUUUACUGUUGGCAUGACACAGGACUGAUGGUAGCGCUCACCUUGUCUUCUCCGGACAAACUUUUUUCUGGAUGCCCCAAACAAUUGGAAAGGGGAUUCAUCAGAGAAAAUGACUUUACCCCAGUCCUCAGCAGUCCAAUCCAUGUACCUUUUGCAGAAUAUCAGUCUGUCCCUGAUGUUUUUCCUGGAGAGAAGUGGCUUCCUCGCUGCCCUUCUUGACACCAGGCCAUCCUCCAAAAGUCUUCGCAUCACUGUGCGUGCAGAUGCACUCACACCUGCCUGCUGAGCAAGCUCAGCACUGGUGGUGCCCCGAUCCUGCACCUGAAUCAACUUUAGGAGACGGUCCUGGCGCUUGCUGGACUUUCUUGGGCGCCCUGAAGCCUUCUUCACAACAAUUGAACCUCUCUCCUUGAAGUUCUUGAUGAUCCGAUAAAUGGUUGAUUUAGGUGCAAUCUUACUAGCAGCAAUAUCCUUGCCUGUGAAGCCCUUUUUGUGCAAAGCAAUGAUGACGGCACGUGUUUCCUUGCAGGUAACCAUGGUUAACAGAGGAAGAACAAUUAGUUCAAGCACCACCCUCCUUUUUAAAGCUGUUAUUCUAACUCAAUCAGCAUGACAGAGUGAUCUCCAGCCUUGUCCUCGUCAACACUCUCACCUAUGUUAACGAGAGAAUCACUGACAUGAUGUCAGCUGGUCCUUUUGUGGCAGGGCUGAAAUGCAGUGGAAAUGUUUUUUUGGGGAUUAAGUUAAUUUUCAUGGCAAAGAGGGACUUUGCAAUUAAUUGCAAUUCAUCUGAUCACUCUUCAUGGUCCUCUGUAGCUCAAUUGGUAGAGCAUGGUGCUUGUAACGCCAGGGUAGUGGGUUCGAUCCCCGGGACCACCCAUACGUAAAAAUGUAUGCACACAUGACUGUAAGUCGCUUUGGAUAAAAGCAUCUGCUAAAUGGCUUAUUAUUAUUAUUAUUAUUAUUAUUAUUAUUGUUCUGGAGUAUAUGCAAAUUGCCAUCAUAAAAACUGAGGCAGCAAACUUUUGACCACGACUGUAUACUUAACAUCUUUAUCUGAUUCUCUAAAUGUUCCACCCCACUGAACGAGCCUCGGGCAUAAGCUCAGCUCUCAGAUGACUAACCUAUGUUGGCUUUACGGUUCCUUAGCUGGAAGACGAUCUACUUUUACUAGACGGACUUCCUUUGGCCAUGAGAGCAUUGUAUGAACGAGGCCUGUGUCUGUGAUCUGUGUGUUGCAGUACGGGGGUGUUCAGACUCACCAGCUCUGGGAUGGGGGAGGUAGCCGGCUGCAGACUGAAGGGCUUUCACCCACACUCCAAGGACCCGCCGCUCUUCAGCGUAAGUCAUACACACAGACAUCCUCCCUGCAGACAGAGAGGCAGCCUCCCUCUUAUUCAGCACAGGCACGAAUAGAGCUUGUGUGUGUGUGUGUGUGUGUGUGUGUUCACAUGUCAUUCUAUUCUUAGUUGUGCUUCUCCACUUGUGCGGUGAGUUGACCUGAGAAGUUAAACGAGUUCUUUUCUAUUUUCAGAUCUGUAGGCAUGUUGUUAUAAAGGACUGGAAAACAACAGUGCUGGACCUCAGGUGACAGAGUGGAGGAAGACAAGACACUCUCCUCCUCCCCAUCACAAACUGGAUCUCCUAUUUAUAUCUUUGUUUACGAUGAAAGCUUUUGUAUUUAUUUAAUUUUUUUUAAUGAGGUACUGUCAAUUGAAACUGCUUUGCAACACAUAGUGAUGAAUUGUUCUAAUGGUGUUGUUUUAUCAACCCUUUAUCCUAAAGUAUGGGUUUUUUGAUAGCUUAACUUGUCAGUUUGGCUGAGUGGAGUUUUUGAGCCAGUUCUGCUUGUCAGAUUUGAUGUGGAAUUCUCCAGAGAGAACUACUUUAGCAUGCAGGCCUGCUGUAAAUGGCCUGAGGUGUUUCAGUUUGAGAACUGGCUAAAGUGUGUGUGCAAGUGCACGUGUAUGUGUUAUGUGAAUGAUAGUCUCCCAUGAAGGAAUCCUUACCAUGAAUUUUCCUGGUACAGGAGACUACAGAAAAUACUUGUAAGACACAAUUAUACAGCAUUUGCACAAUUGAUUACAUAUGCAGAGAUUUGCCGAACAAACAAAACAAAUUGAUUUCUUAAAUAUAAAAUUGACUGAUUUUAAUUGUGAUGGCUCUGUGGUUUAGGAAGUUGUUUAGUCUUUGUUAAAAUGAUGAAUUUUGGCCAGUUGGAUAUUAGCCUUGACAUCUUUGCAUUAUUUGUGAGACUUGAUUUAUCUUGAAGUGUUGACCAAAAAAAGAAAAGAACCAUAACUGAAUUCUUAUUAAAAGUAGCCCAUCGAGGUGGCAUGUCUUGUGCGGGGAGGAACAAACCAAAGUGCUCAGAGAAUUGUAAGCAAAGACGCCUUAAAGGAACAGUAGCCUUUUGCCAUCCCAAAGGGCCUUCACUACACAGAGCUCAGGUAUCGGCUCACUUUCCACCCCCAUGAAGCAUUUAAGUAGCCUGGUCCCAGACCUGUUUGU